UUUGUUGUUUCCAAAAUGCAGCAGCUGCGAACCGCCGUGCUCCGUGGCCUGGCCAGAAGGAUGCACCCCGCAUCGAAGAGUGCCCACAGUGCCAGCGCCGAGAUCUAUGACGUGGUGGUCAUCGGAGGCGGACAUGCCGGCACAGAGGCCUCGGCGGCAGCCGCUCGCAUGGGAUCCCGCACCCUGCUGCUCACCCACAAGCUGGAGACCAUCGGCGAGAUGUCGUGCAAUCCCUCGUUCGGCGGCAUUGGCAAGGGUCACCUGAUGCGCGAGGUGGACGCCCUGGACGGCGUGUGUGCCCGCUGCUGCGAUGUGUCGGGAGUUCACUACAAGGUGCUCAACAGGCGGCGCGGACCGGCGGUUUGGGGACCCAGGGCCCAGAUCGAUCGCCAGCUGUACAAGCAGGCUGUGCAGCGGGAACUGCACAGUACGCCCAACCUGGAGAUCCGAGCGGCUGCCGUGGACAACCUUCUGAUCGAAGAUGAGCAAGAUACCCAAACCCGGCGAUGUGCCGGAGUUUUGCUAGCCAACGGCGAGGUGGUGCGCAGUCGAUCCGUGGUGCUCACCACGGGUACUUUCCUGCGGGCGCACAUAAACAUCGGACUGGAGAUUCGUCCAGCGGGACGGAUUGGUGAUGCUCCUGCCAAAGCGCUGGGCGAGGCCAUCGACAGACUGGGCUUUCGCAUGGGCAGGCUGAAGACAGGAACUCCUCCCAGGAUAGCAAAGAGCAGUGUGGACGUCUCCCAGCUGCAAAGGCACGAUGGUGACGAUCCGCCCAUGCCGUUCUCCUUCCUCAACAGGGAAGUAUGGAUUCCUACCAAGGAUCAGCUACCCUGCUAUCUCACGUACACCACACCAAAGGUCAGCGACAUUGUGCGCAACAAUCUGCACGUGAAUCGCCAUGUCACCGAGGAGAUAACCGGCCCACGUUACUGUCCUUCGAUUGAGUCGAAAAUCCUGCGGUUCGGCGCCAAGGUUCAUCAGGUCUGGCUGGAGCCAGAGGGUCUGGACAGUCCGCUGGUCUACCCACAGGGCAUAUCCUGCACGCUGCCCCACGAACAGCAAGUGGAGCUCGUCCAUGCCAUCCAGGGGCUGGAGAAGGCGGAAGUUGUUCAGCCCGGCUACGGAGUGGAGUACGAUUUCAUAGAUCCCCGCGAGCUUUAUCCUACGCUGGAAACGAAACGAGUGCCUGGACUCUUCUUUGCUGGACAGAUAAACGGCACCACGGGCUAUGAGGAGGCGGCUGCCCAGGGAAUCAUAGCUGGCGCCAAUGCAGCUGGAAAAACCCGCCAUGACGACGGAAGGCAACUAACUAUUAGUCGCACUGAAGGCUACAUUGGCGUGCUGAUCGAUGACCUUACGUCCUUGGGGACCAACGAACCCUACCGCAUGUUCACGAGCCGUGCAGAGUUCCGCUUGUCACUACGCCCGGACAAUGCUGAUAUGCGGCUUACCCAAAAGGGCUACGAGUUUGGUCUAGUAUCGCCACAGCGUUACCAGCAUUUCCAGCAAACAGAGGAGAGAUUACAAGCGGCCUCGAAGUCAUUGAGGGGAUUAAGGAAACACACUCACUACUGGCGACAGGCGCUCGACUUGCCAAAGGCCAAGGCAUCGGUGGAGAAAACUGCCUUCGAUAUGCUAGGCAUUCCGGCGGACAACAUCACGGUGGAUCAGCUAAUCCAGCUUCAUCCCAGCGAACUGAGCUGGCUGAGUGGCGAGCGAAACUUGGCCGAAAGACUGAAAAUCGAGGCCUUGUACUCGUUCUUUGUCGAUGAACAGCAACGGGAUGUGGACGAUGUCCUGCGGGAGGAGCGCCUGUCCAUUCCCGCCGACAUUGAUUACUUCUCCAAGUCCCUGAGCUUGUCCAACGAGGAAAGACAGAAACUGACGCUCAUUCAGCCACAAACUAUUGCAGCGGCUAGUAGAAUUCAGGGGGUAACUCCUUCGACAAUUGUAAGGUUACUGAAGUAUGUUAAGAAAGCCGAGGUAGCCCAAGCCUAGUUAAGUUAAUGUAUAGUUUUGAAA